UUAAAACCGGACCGACUCGAUGGUUGGUUCAACCAUGAACCGGAUACAUAGCCGGAUUAGGUCUAAUAAUUGGUUCGACCAUGAACCGUUACGUAACCAGAUUGGAUUUCAGAAUUAUUACUGAUUAAAACCAUUUAAAACUAUCAAAAAUCUUUAAAAAAUUAAUCCAUAUAAACAUAAAACUAGUUUUUAUUUACAAUGUUUAUGUUUUAAAUUCAUUUAUAUUUUAAUUAUGUAUCAUAUUAACUAACAUUAAUUUUAAAUUUAUACAUUAGAAAUAUAUUAAUCCAGAUUAUUGAACCAGAUUUGAUCCGGUCGAACCAUAUUAAAUUGUGAUCUAAAAAUUAUCCGGUUCGGCUUCCGUCCGGUUUUAAAAACACCUGUUGAGACCCUCUCUCUCUCUUUUCGUAAUCUUAACUAAAUUAUACCCUUAUUUCACGGUAGACUUUUCUCUACCCUUAUUAUCAGGUGCUGUUUCGAUUCUAGGGCUAAUAUCAUAUUUGGAUUUGACGAUGACGAAGGAGUACGUGAUGCUCAUACUGCUGAUGAUGAUAGUUUUUUCACCGUUUCUCCCACCAUUACAGUUUUUCGGCAGUUCAGAUGGAAUUAUUUUGACAGGUCCUGAUUUCACCCGCAAAUUCAACACUGUCGAAUCUAAUACGGCUGACUCUGUGGAAAUCAGAGUGUGUGAUGCAAUUGGAGUGGUUUACAUGGCUGAGUCGCUCGACGCAUGCGAAAAAUUGAUCUUGGAAAGAGACAUGUUGAUGUUGUCAACAACAACAACUAGAUCCUUCUUUGUAACAAAAGAAACUGCACAAGUAGUAAACAAGUAUAUUUGUCGGCCAAAUGUAGCAGUCAUGCGUGUCCCUAUUCAUACCGACCACCUUUACGGAUUAAUCACCAGGGGUCUUCUCUUCUACACCUUCGUCUUCCUCCUUUUACGUUUCUUCAGUUAGCAAUUCCUAAGUCUGAAUAAAAUAAUGCAUGUUAGCACUGGACUACACAUCAGAAUCAGUUCAUGGUAUUUAUUAUCCUUUUGAUA